GCAGCGGGGUGUUUUAAACGUAUUUUACAAAUUUUAGAGAAGUGGCCAAUUGACAAAAGUAAAGCUGGUGGCAGAGAUUACAGAGAAUUUUUAGAAGAAUACGUUAAAAAUUCUUACAAAGAAAAUAAAUUCGAAUCAAACUACAAAUACUGGGAUCAACAGUACAUUGCCAUACAAAAACUAGUCAAUAACGUUAGUAAAACAAAGUACCCUAGGAUAUAUUCCUCUUCAUCAACCGGACUAACUGCAGAACAGUGUCAUCUUGCAUUGUCUAACGAAGUUUUAGAGGAUCUUAAAAGAGAGGAGGAGUCCAUCUUUAGUAGAUUGUUCUCAAGGAAAGAAAAAUAACAAAAUGAGUUCUUUUAGAUAUAUACCUGUCAUUAGAAAAUUAUCAAAUACGAUAGCAAUCAGUAGAAUUAAUAUAAAAGAUGUCCCUCAUAUACCUGUCAUGGCAGAAAAAGUAUUAGAGUACAUGCAACCAGAUAAAGAGCAAGUCAUAUUAGAUAUGACUUUUGGCAGUGGGGGACAUUCUAGAAAAAUAUUAGACCAAGAACCUAAUGUAAAAAUUAUAGCUUUAGAUAGAGAUCCCCUGGCUUAUUCAUAUGCUUGUAAAUUAUUAGAGGAAUAUCCCGGAAGAAUUAUACCGUUAUUAGGAAAAUUUUCAGAUUUGCCAGUUUUAUUGAAAGAAAAAAAUUUUAGAAAAAAUUCACUUGAUGGAAUAUUGUUUGAUUUUGGAUGUUCAUCUAUGCAGUUUGAUUUGGCACAUAGAGGUUUCUCUAUAUCAAAAAAUGGCCCUCUAGAUAUGAGAAUGGAUGGUGAUAGAGACCCUAGUAUACCAACAGCUGCAGAUGUUUUAUCAAGAGCUACUGAAGAACACCUAUACAAAAUAAUAAAGUAUUACGGCCAAGAAUCACAAGCAAGAAAAAUAGCUAGAGCUGUUGUAGACUCUAGGUACCUUUUCAAGAAACUCACCACAACUGAAGAGUUAGCUGAUUUGGUUGAGACAGUUAUUACCGAAAAUUUUGAUGGUGAAAAACUGCACAAAAAAAGCCAUGUAGCCACAAAAACAUUUCAAGCCUUAAGGAUUUUUGUAAAUAAUGAAUUAAAUGAAAUUAACUAUGGCCUUAUAUUAGCUGAUUAUUACCUUAAACUUGGUGGCAGGUUAGUGACUAUCACGUUUCAUUCUUUGGAGGAUACCAUAGUAAAAAGACACCUUAUGGGUAAUCUAAUUGAGAAUAGUGCCAACCCAUUGCCUUUGAAACUAAGUAAUUACAAUUUUAAUUUGGGUAGAGAUGCAGUUCACAAUAUAAUGCAAAUGAAAUGGAAUAUGUUACAUAAAAGUGUCCUAGUGCCUAGUAUUGAGGAAAUAGAAACAAAUAAUAGGAGUAGGUCAGCUAAGUUAAGAGCAGCAAUAAAAAUUAGAUAAAAUA